CUGGGGUGAGCAAGCACUGUGGCUUUGUCUGUUUCCUGUUUCAGCAAGGUUGCUGUGCAAAAAGAAAGACAGUACGAAGAAGGGAAAUGCUAAGGGGGCCCAGAACCAUGGAUUGAGAGCUUGCACUUUACUCAGCUGCUGUCCUGCCCCAUCUGAGACCAGAGCCAAGAUCUGCCCAGGAGCUGGAAUGCUUUCCUGAGCUGCUUGGUUUGGAGCCUGGGACCCAAGACCCAGGCAGCUAUUCCAGGAACUGGAAGCCAAGCACAACAGGUGCUCAGGAGGUCAUCAUGAUCGGCCCAGACCCCAGGCCUUCCGCUGGCUUGGCCCGGUGGGCUGAGAGCUAUGAGGCCAAAUGUGAGCGCCGGCAAGAGACCCGUGAGAGCCGCCGCUGCCGCCCCAAUGUAACCACUUGCCGCCUGGUGGGGAAGGCACUGAGGAUCCAGCAGAGAGAGCAGCUCCAGAGAGCACGGCAACAGGAGUUCUUCAGGAGGAGAAACUUGGAGGUGGAGGAGAAAGGCAAGGCCCAGAGCCCCAGGGCCAAGGAACAAGGUCCCUCUAGGAGGCCAGGCCAGCCACCUGACCUCAAGAAACCCUUGUCUUGGGCCCACAGGAUCUCCUCCCCCCAACAGCAGGUGUCAGGGACCAGCUCUGAGGUCUUUCCAACCCAGCAUCAUCCUCCCUCAGGCACCCGGAGGGAUCUGGCUGACCGCCCCUUCCAGGCCAGGGACCUUUCACCAAAGGACUCUCCCACCAAAAAGCCACCCCAACAGCACCGUGGCACUCAGACAAAGGCAAAAACAGCCCAGCCAACAAUUAAGAAUGAUGCCAGUCAGCAAACCAAUUAUGGAGUUGCAGUUCUAGAUAAGGAAAUCAUCCAGCUUUCGGAGUACCUCAAAGAGGCCCUACAAAGGGAGCUGGUUCUAAAACAGAAAAUGGUGAUUCUCCAAGACCUACUGUCCACUCUAAUAAGGGCCUCUGACAGCUCUUGGAAGGGCCAGCUUAACGAAGACAAAUUGAAAGGCAAACUGAGAUCUUUAGAAAACCAGCUGUACACCUGUACCCAGAAAUACUCGCCUUGGGGAAUGAAAAAGGUGUUAUUGGAGAUGGAAGACCAGAAAAACAGCUAUGAGCAGAAGGCCAAGGAGUCACUGCAGAAAGUGCUGGAGGAGAAAAUGAGCACGGAGCAGCAACUGCAGAGCACACAGCGGUCCCUGGCUCUGGCCGAGCAGAAGUGUGAAGAGUGGAGGAGCCAGUACAAAGCUCUGAAGGAGGACUGGAGGAAACUGGGAACCCAGCAUAGAGAGCUGGAGAGCCAACUCCAUGUGCUUCAGUCCAAACUGCAGGGAGCAGACAGUAGAGACCUACAGAUGAACCAGGCUCUGCGACUUCUGGAGAAUGAGCACCAGGAACUGCAGGCCAAGAUUGAACACCUGCAGGGAGACAGAGACCUGUACAGCUUGGAUACCCAGCACCUACAAGAUCAACUUAAGAGGUCAGAGGAAGAGAAACUCGCCCUAGUGGCCAAAGUACAGCAGCUGCAGAGUCUGCUCCAGAAUCAAUCCUUACAGCUUCAAGAACAGGAGAAACUCUUAACAAAGAAAGAUCAGGCUUUGCCUGUGUGGAGUCCAAAGCCCUCCCAUAAUGAAGUGGAACCUGAGGGUACAGGGAAGGAGAAAGAAUGGGAUUUCAGAGACCAGCUGCAAAAGAAGACUUUGCAGCUCCAGGCCAAGGAAAAGGAGGUGAGACGGUGACCCUCAAGAUAGUGAGGGGAUCGGGGUGCCUGGGUGGCUCAGUAGUUAAGCAUCUGCCUUCAGCUCAGGUCAUGUUCCUAGGGUCCUGGGAUCGAGCCCUGCGUCGGGCUUCCUGCUCAGCGGGGAGCCUGUUUCUCCCUCUCCCACUCCCCCUGCUUGUGUUCCCUCUUUUGCUAUGUCUCUGUCAAAUAAAUAAAAUCUUUAAAAAAAAAAAAAAGAUAGUGAGGGGAUCAUCCCACAAUGGUAGGGAAAACUGCUGGGAGGCAGCCAGAGAGCAAAGAUUUCAAAGUUUAAAUCGUGACUGGAUGCCAGCAGGUAUUCAUCUGCCUUUAUGUCUUUGCUUGUGGGAUAAUUUGUCAAUCUUUUCCCUUCUUCAUUUAUACCAAGGUUUUAUCAAAUAGUUACCUUUUGUAAAGUCAACCUAAACUCAAACACAUUUAAUAAACAUUAUUAACCCCUCAAACUCUGUCCUAGAGUUAUCUUAAAACUUUAUAUAUAUAUAGUGUCUUUUAAAUAACAAAACUCUUUCCAUCUACAGACUCGGAACCAUACAUAUCCCCAGUAUUCACAUGCAACUCAACUAUAUCCUGGUGAAGAUGCUUGUAUUAAGAUCACCCGUAGGUCUUUUGUGCUAGAAGAACUUCAUUUUUUGGUGCCCCCAUUUACAAAGCUCUUGCACAUUCAUAAUCACGUGAGACCACUGACAUGUAUAAUAUGUAGUAUUAUAAUAUGCAUUAUAAUCAAUCAUUUAAAUGAACACAUUCCAGACAAACUAGGUAAGACAGUCAAAAGGCAAACUGAAACCCCUGAGAAAGGCUGGGAAGGGAGUAUGGUGGUAAAAAUUCCAAACGAAUGAAGGGGUAACUCACACAGGGCCCUCGCCCUGACCUGCGCUCUGUCCCAGAAGGAAAUGGUAGUGAUGACAUUGGUGGUAUUCUCCCCCCAGUGCAGAGAACUGCAUUCGGAGUUAGACAACCUCAGUGACGAGUAUCUGUCCUGCCUGCGUAAGCUGCAGCACUGUCGAGAAGAGCUGAACCAGAGCCAACAGCCGCCUCCCAGAGUAAGAGGGUCAAUUCUCCCGUAUCGCCCUGGAUGAUGGUGGGACGGUUCCUCCUUUGGCCAAAUCUUGCAGAUAAAAGUUUAUCAGCCUGUGCCAACAUCUGGCCAGCCUGUUCCAUUCAACUUGGUUUAUAUACUUGACGGUAUAGCAAGUGUCAGCAAACACUGGCUUAUGCAUCCAAGCCUAAUUUUCAUGGAACUCUAGAGCCUAAAGGGAAUUACUAUUAGCUAAAGUAUGAAGUGGUGUUCUUUUAGCCUAUUAUGAGCUAGUGGCAAGAGUGAGGAGAGCAAAAGUACUAAGGAAUACGAAUAGAGAAUUAUAUAAUUUUGCUGAGUUAUUUUUCAUCCUUGAUUAUUCUUAUCAGUACUUAAGUAUUUGGCCCUCGCUGGGUAUGGUUCCCUAAGCCAGUAAUCCUGGCUUAGGGGCCAGUGACGAGCAGUAAAGUGGUUUUAUCCCAAAGGAAGUGACCAAGUGAGACAGACAGUGAUAUAGAAAGCUUUUUCUCCUUUACUGACCCAAGUUUUUCCACUGGGCUAGGAUGGGAAGAAGGAAGGUAAUUUUUCCCUGUACCUUCUCCAAACAACCCAUGGCCUCUUUCUCUCCCCCACCCCCUCCUCACAGAGGCAAUGUGGCCGAUGGCUCUCGAUGCUGAUGGUAGUGAUUGCUAUAGCACUGGCAGUGUUCCUGGCCAACAAGGACAGCCUGAGGAUCUGAAUCACUUGUGACAGCUGCUUGGGUGAAAAUCUGAAGCAAGAAACUCAAUAAAAAACUCAGCAGAUUGACAUACUUUGAAGUGUGGGUUUUCCCACCUGAGAUUUCUAUUUUUUUAACCUACCGUAAAAUAAACAAACUUCACCUAACA